AUGGCGAAUCGGGGCAUCUUUCGAGCGACAACUAAACGUCAUUGGCCAACCCUUUGGCCGUUUGGUAUUUGGCAGGCAGGCGAUGCGUUGAUCGACCUGGUAGACUUCUGCGUGCGGAAGUUGAGGUACCUCAUUGCGACACCCAACGACGAGCUCGUGCGACAAGUUGCGUCAGCCAAGGAGUGCACGGAGUGGGACACGGUGAGGAUGCUGGAUGAGCAGUUCGCGGAGUGCGAGUUUCAGAUUUGCAUGUGCGUCAUCUCCAUCAUCCGGUUUCUCACCGACCACCGGGUGGCAGUGCCCCUGGCUGUAACCACUCGGAUGCUCGAGACGCAUGACAUCCUGCUCCUGUUGGUGCCGCUCAUGGAGAAGGCCCCCUGGGUCCGCAGAAACCGAAUUAACGGGCGCAUCGAGAAGUUCGAGGAGCACAAAUGGCAGGUCGUCGAGGCGUGUGCAAGUGAGCGGGGAUGUGCAGGGCAAGAGCUGCAUGUUUGCCACUACAAUUGGAUCCUCCAGCGCUGA